AUGCCUGGGAUCGGCAUGGCCGGUGUGCAUUCCGAUUGGGACGCCUACCUGAAUCAUUCCCGUGCAUGGCCUGGAGCUUCGCAAGUCAAGAAGACCAAGACUUUCCCGCAGAUCGACGCGACGAAAGCAACCGAAGAAAUGCAAGGGCUGAAUAAAGCUCAGAGUACGCACCGAGGCACCAUUCAAGGUCUGAAAACCCCCAAGUUGUAA